AGGAGAAGUCGGGGUGAACUGCCGGAGCUCGGAAUCUACCGGCUCCACCCGGGCGAAGCAGCCAAACUGCAGCGGCCGGUGACGCGCGCGCCCGCCCCUCCCACGGCCUCUCCGGUGGGUGGCGCUCGCUAGUGACGUAGUGGGUGUGAUGGCCGCCGCAAGGCCGGGAAGGUGAAGGCGGAGUCAACACAAUCACUAGCCAACCACAACCUGAAACAGCACAGAGGAGAAAUCAACUUCUUUCCAUCUUGACUCCAGCCAUGUCCACGAUGCCCACCCUGUGAAGGUCUCUUACCAUCCAAAAACAUCUCCUCUGUUCCAGUUGUGCCAGCAGACGAUCCGUGGAUCCAUUUUAUUUUCCCUGCUAGGAGUUGGCUGUACAUAAAACUGGCGCGAUGUCCCUGCUCUUCUCCCGGUGCAACUCCAUCGUCACGGUCAAGAAGGACAAGAGACACAUGGCUGAGGUGAACGCGUCCCCACUGAAGCACUUUGUCACUGCCAAGAAGAAGAUCAAUGGCAUCUUUGAGCAGCUGGGAGCCUACAUCCAGGAGAGUGCCACCUUCCUCGAAGAUACCUACAGGAAUGCAGAACUGGACCCGGUGACCACGGAGGAGCAGGUGCUGGAUGUCAAAGGCUACCUGUCCAAAGUGAGGGGCAUCAGCGAGGUGCUGGCCCGGCGGCACAUGAAAGUGGCUUUCUUUGGCCGGACGAGCAAUGGGAAGAGCACCGUGAUCAACGCCAUGCUCUGGGACAAAGUGCUGCCCUCUGGGAUUGGUCACACCACCAAUUGCUUCCUGCGUGUGGGGGGCACAGAUGGCCACGAUGCCUUCCUCCUCACGGAGGGCUCGGAGGAGAAGAAGAGCGUCAAGACUGUGAACCAGCUGGCCCACGCCCUGCACCAGGACGAGCAGCUGCAUGCUGGCAGCCUUGUAAGCGUGAUGUGGCCCAACUCCAAGUGCCCGCUUCUCAAAGACGAUCUCGUGCUGAUGGACAGCCCUGGGAUUGAUGUCACCACUGAGCUGGACAGCUGGAUUGACAAGUUCUGCCUGGAUGCUGAUGUGUUUGUGCUGGUGGCCAACUCAGAGUCCACGCUCAUGCAGACGGAGAAGCAGUUCUUCCACAAGGUGAGCGAGCGCCUCUCCCGCCCCAACAUCUUCAUCCUGAACAACCGUUGGGACGCGUCCGCCUCGGAGCCCGAGUACAUGGAGGAGGUGCGGCGGCAGCACAUGGAGCGCUGCACCAGCUUCCUGGUGGACGAGCUGGGUGUGGUAGAUCGAGCCCAGGCUGGGGACCGCAUCUUCUUUGUGUCCGCCAAGGAAGUGCUCAAUGCCAGGAUCCAGAAAGCCCAGGGCAUGCCGGAAGGAGGGGGCGCUCUCGCCGAAGGCUUUCAAGUGAGGAUGUUUGAGUUUCAGAAUUUUGAGAGGAGAUUUGAGGAGUGCAUCUCCCAGUCUGCAGUGAAGACCAAGUUUGAGCAGCACACGGUCCGGGCCAAGCAGAUUGCGGAGGCCGUUCGCUUCAUCAUGGACUCCUUGCAUAUCGCGGCUCAGGAGCAGCGGGUUUACUGCCUGGAAACGCGUGAAGAACGGCAAGAGCGGCUGAGGUUUAUCGACAAACAGCUGGAGCUCUUGGCUCAGGACUAUAAACUUCGAAUUAAGCAGAUAACGGAGGAGGUGGAAAGGCAGGUGUCCACAGCGAUGGCCGAGGAGAUCAGGCGCCUCUCCGUGCUGGUGGACGAGUACCAGAUGGAUUUCCACCCCUCUCCUGUGGUUCUCAAGGUGUAUAAGAAUGAACUGCACCGCCACAUAGAAGAGGGCCUGGGCCGAAACAUGUCUGACCGCUGCUCCACAGCCAUCACCAGCUCCCUACAGACCAUGCAGCAGGACAUGAUCGAUGGCUUGAAGCCCCUCCUUCCUGUGUCCGUGCGGAAUCAGCUGGACAUGCUCGUCCCCCGCCAGUGCUUCUCCCUCAGCUACGACCUGAACUGUGACAAGCUGUGUGCUGACUUUCAGGAGGACAUCGAGUUCCACUUCUCUCUGGGAUGGACCAUGUUGGUGAAUAGGUUCCUGGGCCCCAAGAACAGCCGUCGGGCCUUGAUGGGCUACAAUGACCAGGUUCAGCGCCCCGUGCCCCUGACGCCUGCCAACCCCAGCAUGCCCCCGCUGCCCCAGGGCUCGCUCACUCAGGAGGAGCUCAUGGUCUCCAUGGUUACCGGCUUGGCCUCUCUCACAUCCAGGACCUCCAUGGGCAUCCUCGUGGUUGGAGGAGUGGUGUGGAAGGCGGUGGGCUGGCGGCUCAUCGCCCUCUCCUUUGGGCUCUAUGGCCUCCUCUAUGUCUACGAGCGUCUGACCUGGACCACCAAGGCCAAGGAGAGGGCCUUCAAGCGCCAGUUUGUCGAGUAUGCCAGUGAGAAGCUGCAGCUCAUCAUCAGCUAUACGGGCUCCAACUGCAGCCACCAAGUGCAGCAGGAACUCUCCGGGACGUUUGCGCAUCUGUGCCAGCAAGUCGACGUCACUCGGGAAAACCUGGAGCAGGAGAUUGCUGCCAUGAACAAGAAAAUCGAGGUUCUUGAUUCACUUCAGAGCAAAGCAAAGUUGCUCAGGAAUAAAGCUGGCUGGUUGGACAGCGAACUCAACAUGUUCACACACCAGUACCUGCAGCCCAGCAGAUAGUGGGCAGCGGGGCUUUCGGCCCCCAGGGCAUGCGCCUCGGUCCCUGGCCACGCUGGAGAGGAAGAAAGCACCCACCGUCUCUUGCCGUUUUGAGCCCUUCACCAGUUACCCCUGGCCCCUGGCCUGCUGUUGCAGGAAGACCCUCUGCCUCCCACCCCAAAGGAGAGAUGUAUCAACACGCGGAGAGCAUGGUACCAAGGAGUUGUGGCCAGGUCCUUUUCUGCUUUCAGGGUCCCUUCACUGAAGAUGAGGGAUCUCCGAUAUCAGCCCUGCCCUUCAUGGUAUCAGGCAGACACCCUUACCUUCUCCACCCAUACAUACCUGCCCUCCUUGCACCCAGUGCACCGGAUGCAGAGGCUGCGUUGGAGUGACUGGAUGUCCUUUCCAGAAGCAUCUGACCUAGCUCCAGCAAGGCCGAGCCGAGGCUCAGCGGCAGGACUGCGGCUUGUGUUGUGUGGCCCGCAGCUUAGUGCUCUGGCCUGCUGUGGAUCUCCCAGUUGUGUGGCCAGGCUUUGCAUGUGUCUUGGGCUCCAAGCUGAGGCAGCCCAGUGCUUGGGGGGUGGGAUGCCUCGGAGCCAGCCAGAGUAGUGGGAGGAGCUCAGGAGAGGGGGCGUGGCAGGGCUGUCAGCUGGGGGGAGGGGGUCAUCGGGAGGAGGAGGGCCUUGCCGGCCUUGCCACUGUGUCCCGUGCUCUGGUUUCAGCCCUUGGCCUGCAGAGUCCUGGGUUAACGGUGGUGAGGGAUGUGUUGGGUCAGGUGGCUAAAGGAUGUAGUAGGAGGGGCAGUGGAAGAUGGAGACUUGGCAUCAGGCUGGGGCAGGGUGCCUGCCUACGCAUGGCUAGAGGACGCAGUUGGUACAGAAUAGGACCUCACCUGGCUUGCUCUGAGGGGCUCGUGGGCCCGAGGACCCACACGCCCACCUGCUAGAUUGCAUCCCCACCUUGCCUCAAGCUACCCUUGGCCACUGGUUCUCUGGACCGUUCCCCGUGCCGGUGACCGCAGGUGACCACGACAGCACGGAGAUCCCAGCCCCCGUCCUCCCUCCCGCCCAUCUUCACCUGCGCCAGUUCCCGGAGCCUCUCCCGAUAUCGAGAGAUAUCCGGGGCCUCAUGUUGACGUUGAGAAAUGUUUCCUGCUGUUGCGUUUUGGGAUUGUCACUGGUCGGCGUGGGGAAGGUUCUGGUCGCCGGUGUUCACUGUCGCAGAAGGAUGGGCUUUUGGAGAAGAGGUCAGAGCAGAGAGUGUUCUGAGGCAAGACCUCAUCUAAGAGAGGCCCCCCAACAGGGCCAUCUGGAGUGUGGGUGAUGGGGGUGGCCCCCCGAGGGACAGUGAAGGGCGUAUGUGCCAGCCUGGGUGGGUGGGGACACCUCACAGCCCGUCAGGAGAAUCAGUGUCACACAAUCCCAAAGAAUUCAUGUUCUUUUUAAAAAGCAAAAUUAUUUAGAAUAAAAAUGAGUUUGUUUUCAGUGUAGCCCCUUGGGAAUGAGUGGAAUUUUGAGCUUCUUAUGCAAUAGGGGAAAUGAAGUUUGUACCAUCAAGGGAGAGACGGUUUCUCAGAGAAGUGCGCGGCUCAAGGCUCUUAGAUUCCUCGCUGCUGACUUUGCUGUUUUCGUACUCACUUCCUGGGGCACGUGUGACGCAGCAGCGAGUUUUCCUGUGACGUGUGGAAGGUGGUCUCUGUGUCUGAAUUACUCUGUACCAUUGCUGAUAACAUUGGAAAGUGAAAUAAAGCCCCGUUGGAACCCUG